ACUGGCUCGCUCGGUGCUGAAGUUGGGCGGAUGGACGGAAAACACCGCUGAUGGAGAUAAAACGGCAGCAUGAAAUCUCAACGCGUGAUACUCCCCAUAUCCGCAUAAACACGUGUAAAGACACCAUUUUAGAAGACUGACAUCUAGAACAAAAGGGAUGUCUUAUCCUGGAUCAUUUACCCCUUGACUCAAGGAAAGGGUGUGCCUGCAGAUACCAGGUGUUUGAAACCUACCUCCACCCUCCUCCUGCGUUCUCCAUCAGGCAUGAUAAGAGAAGAUACAAGAGGCCGCAAUUUAUUUUCCAGCACUCUGCCCGUCUCAACAUUUGACAUUAGAAUCAUGAUUUUCUUACCUGAUCUUCGGAUGAAUUGCUGCUAAUUUGCAUGAAAAAAGAAAAUCACACCUCUUUGAAAAGACAUGAGUCCUCAGAGUGUGAGUGGAGUUGAAAUGAGGAAAAGGCAGCAGGGACGCAUUGAAGGACCUCCACAGGCGCCUGGUCACCCGAGGCCCAACACCUGCUGCCUGUGCUGGUGUGGAUGCUGCAAAUGCCUCUGGAAUGAAGACAGAAGGGAACGUUCAGAGAGGCAAACGUGUACAAAGAUGGAUAGCAUAGAAGCAACAGAGGAACUGCAUCCCACACUGGAUGAGGUGAUCGCCUGGUCCCGGAGCUUUGAGAUGAUGAUGCGUUCUCCAGAGGGCCGGGAUGUUUUCCGGGAGUUCCUGAGGUCUGAGUACAGUGAAGAAAACCUGCUGUUUUGGAUUGCCUGUGAGGAUAUGAAGAAAGAAACCAACCCAUCAGUUGUCGAAGAAAAAGCCAGGAUCAUUUAUGAAGACUAUGUCUCCAUUCUUUCACCAAAAGAGGUCAGCUUGGAUUCACGGGUGAGGGAAGGCAUCAACCAAAGCUUGGCAGAACCCAGCAGUACCAUGUAUGAGGAGGCCCAGCUCCAGAUCUACACCCUCAUGCACAGAGACUCCUUCCCUCGAUUUCUCAACUCAUCUGUUUACAGGGAUCUCCUAAACAGCAAGAGGGCCUGCUUAGACACCUAGGUUUCAGCGAGAACAUUUGAGACAAAAAAGCCCCAAGGUGCCACUUUCAAAAGGUGUGAUGUUUCUUAUUUCAAGAGUGAGUAGUUAAGCAAUUCUGAGCAUCCACUAGUGACCCUGAAGUUCAGUUCUGUUUAAGUGCCAAUACGAGCUGCUCAGGCAACUGUGACACAGAAAAACAAAAAAAAAGCGUGUAGGAAAACUGACAGAUCCAUACUUCCUACUUGUCUUUUUCAUUCACCUGUUUUGUCUCUUCAAACCUCUUCCUGUUUACCUCACCUGUUUUUUCUCUCUCUCUACUUGAUUCUCUCCAUCUUUUUUGCCUCACAUCUCCGAGGACAGCUGAAUAAUGUUAUUAUUAUUAUUAUUUUUAAAAAGAAAAUCAAAAAACAAACGGAGAAGCAGUAGAUGUUGAGCUAGAAAACCUUUGCAUGAUACACAAGGUUAUGGAAUUUACUCCAGUUUGACAUUUAAGCCUCGGACUACAAUGUUUUUUGAAUAAUAAUAAUAAUAAAACAAACGAAAAAAAAAAGGUUUUCUAUGCUGUCAUGGGGAGAAAACAUUGUAAAGCUCUCGUAAGCGAAGGGAAACUUAGCUGUGCCAAUUGUUUUGUAAAAGAAAAGCUGGGAAGCGUAACCGCCGUCUUGCCGUCCAAACUCUUUCUUUUGCGUGUCGACAGUUCUUUAACUGGGAAACAUAAGGGCUAGCUAGUGUUGUGAUUGGGCAGCUAAAUGAAUCCUGAACAUUUCUUUCUCUCUGCAAAAAUCACAAUGCCUCGACACUGAGUAAGGGCACAAAAGCUGCUGAUGCUGGCGACCACACAGUUUGCUGUGUAAGUCCUCGUAGCCCAGUCCCCAGUCCAUUACUAACAGAGAGAAGCACAGGUACUGUAUGUCAUGGGCUGUAAGCUUCGCUGGAUCGACCGAGAAUUGCUUGAAAAUCACUCACCACCGUUCUGGAGGUUCUUAAAAGAGCUUCGAAUUGUCUUACACAUUAAAGAAAUGUAUUUUAUUAAACAGAAGUGUAGUGAACACUAUGCCUUGUUUUUGAGAGUUACACUUAGGUCUAUUUCGAAUAACUGUGAUCGCCGAGACCCGGCUGGUGGUUGCGCUACGGAUUCGGAUCUAUCAGGGAAAUGUUUGUUUUUUCCCCUGCCUCCGAGUUCUCCACAUGAGAACGGUCUCGGCCCUUUUCACAGGUUAUCGGAAGCGAAAAACAAGUCCGACUUUUUAUAAUACUUUUAUCCAGCAUGCGUUUUCUUCUGUUGUGUCACGUACACAUUGCAAUACUCAACCCGGAUAUGAUGUGGGAAGCAUCAUGUUUGAAGAUGAUAUACUGUUUCCUUUUAGAGGUUUAGACGUGUGUCCCUCAAUGAAUGACAGCUUUUCAGCUCCGUGUCGUUGGAUUCAAACUUGAAUGUUGCUGUUCAAUUUUCUAGACAUUUUAUGUGCUAUUGCAAUCGCAGCAGCCAGUGCAUGAGAACAUGAUAUUUAAAAAUGCUGGUGUGUUAAACCACUCAUUCACCUUUUAGCGGAGUCUUUCAAGAGUGAAUUGCAUUUAAACUGGCGUUUUUUUUGGUCACCAUACCCAACCUAAAAGUGUCACCCCCCCCUUCCACCCAACUCUUGUGCCAAUGAAUGAACGUUUGUUAAGUAAAUCAUGAUCAAGUGUGUUGUUGUUGGGUUUUCUUAUUGGUGCUCUGAGAGUUAAGUGCCAUUCACUCUGCAGGUUUACCACAUUAAAAUGAAGACCUUUGUCACUUUA